AUGUCGCGAGAUCUAAAUCUGAAAAAGUCAUGGCAUCCUGGCCUCUUGAAAAACCAGGAAGUGGUUUGGAGAAAAGAGAAAGAGGCGCUAGAAGAGCGAAAGAAGAUUCUUGAACGACAGAAAGAGAUCCAGCAAGAACGAGAGAGAAAUGAGCUUUUAUCAAUGCAAGAUGUUGCCACUGGAAAGCAACGAGUAAAACGAUUAGAAUGGAUGUACUCGGAAGCCAGUGGUGGGUCUAUGGGAUCUUCCGAUAAUGAAGCAUAUCUUUUGGGUAAACGUAAAAUCGACGAUAGCAUUAUUCUUGGCGGUACCAAGAACCAAGAAGUAGAAAGCCUUAGGAAAGAUGGAGAUAAUGACCGCUUCGGUCAGAAAGAGAAAUCUGACUCAACAGUACCAUAUACAUCAGCAAAAGACUUGGCAAGUAAAGUUAAAGAUGAUCCUCUUCUUGCAAUCAAGAAGAUGCAAAUGGAACGAGCUAUUGCCAAAGCCAGAGAGGAGGCAUCCCUUAGUCGAGAGAAAGGUGACCGGCAGUCACGAGAUGAUAAAUAUGAAAGUCGGCAUAGGAGUUCACGACACAGGCAUCGUGAAAGCUCACGUGAGAGGUCAAAUAGUAGAGACCGAGAAAAGCGACGUCAUGGCUAUCGAAGCUCGAGAGAUGAUGACAGAGAUAGUGGUCAUAGUCGACGUUCAAGAGAUGAUGAUAGUUAUGGCCAUAGACAUGGCAGUCUGAGAGAUGAUGACAGGGAAAGUCGUAGUCAUAGAAGAUCAGAGGAUCACAGGGACCACCAUAGGCAUGACGAUAAGGAGGCUCGAAGCAGAAGUUCAAGGCAUAGAGACAUAGACCAUGAUGAUGAGCGGUACAGAAGAGAUAGGGGUUCUGCGAAUUACGAUAAAUACUCGUACAAAAAUGAUGAUUCUCGCUGGUCUAGAAGUAAUAGAGAUGGUAGCUUUUCGCGUAGGAGUCCUGGAGACCGCGAAAGCGAUGUUCGAUAUAACAGAAACAAAGAUCGAUAUGAACAUUCUGGAGAGUCAAGUCCAACACGUGAAGCUGAUAGCUCUGGUCGGGUAUCGAAAGCGUCUGACGAGGAGCGCCAGAAGAGAUUGGCUGCUAUGAUGCAGGAUGCACAAACUCUGGAAGAGUCUCGAGAUAAAAGAGUCAAGUUGGCUCAAGAAGAAGAUAGGAAAGCAGAGGAGGAAGACAAGAAAAAGAGAUUAGGAACUCAUUCUGGACAAGGUUCAUUUAUUAGAACUGCAACAAAGAAUCUAAUAGAUGGACCUACAGACGCCCUCCGCAGAGGAAGAAUAGCAGGGUAA